AUGACCAUACACGACGAAGUCAACUUAGAGACAUCGCUGAGUGAAAAGUCCUCUGUGAGUGGGAUCUCAGAUAAUAACCAAGUGCGAAUGAUCGAUGAUAAUAUCCUCCAGCUCAGAAAUCAAUCUAGUUCUGCUACCAGUUUUGCUGUUAAGCUGGUCAGGCAGAUGUUCGAACUGCAUGAACUGGUCGGAAAAAAUGUUAGCAGCAUUCGCAGAAAGAAACUGCUAGAUGGGAGCAAAAUUGUGAAAAUUAAAGAACCUGUGAACCAGUUUUAUCCCGCUCCAACUGCUAAAGCACUUGAGACCUGGAAAAACUGUAGAAAAGCGAUUGACUCCUUCCUUCAAAAAACACACAGCGUGUCAACAUCAACAGCGACAAAUAAUUCUUGA